AUGAUGAGCUCAACUUCAUCAAUUGUUAAUCAACCUGUAUUAGAAAAUGAAAUUAAUUUAAAAUUAACAUUAAAUGGAGAAUUUAAACCUAAAGGAAUAUUAAAAAACGCAACAAGUUCUUCGUAUGCUGACUUAAUUAAUGAGUUAUGCAAUAGGCAUAAACAACCUCAAAGCAAGCAUUCAUAUUUUGCAACACGACAUGAAAAAAACAAUAAAGAAAAGACGAAUGAUUCUAUACCGGUGAUUUAUAAUAAUGCUACUCGACCUUCAACAUCAGGUACAUCUAAAUCUAUUAAAAGGGUUACAUAUAGUGAUGUGAUACACUAUAUAAAAUAUAAUUCAAGUGAAUCAAUGCCCAUUACAACAAGAUAUUCACAUUCUCCAGA